UAAGGAAGAUGACGACCUUACCUAUGUUUGCGCCGCUCGGCUCUCAACUCCGUGUUCUGUGUUUAAUGAUUUGGGUGACUGUUUGUAUGAGCCUGCAACUUCGCGAUAAAGACAGCGGUUUCAUAUCAAAUAAGUUCGUUGCUCACCCGGGAAAACGACUUGCGCUGCCCAUCUCACAAGCAGAGGACAAUAACCAAUCAAUUGUCCAAAAGAGCGUCCUGGUUGAUGACGUCAUGGAUUGUUCGUUUGAAUGCCUCACUGAAGGCUGGUGUCACUCCGUAAACGUCAGAUUGACAGCGACAAAGAGUGGAAGACACGUGUGUGAGCUUAUAUCUACUGAUAGAUAUAACCACUCUGAAUACUUGGUACAGGACAAGGACUUCGUGCACUUUGGGAUAAAGUCUCCCUGCGAAGAAUACCCUUGCAGUAAUGGGGAGUGCUUGACAUUGUACGAUGAGCCGUACUUCUACUGCGCAUGCUCGUUAGGAUACACUGGACUGACCUGUUCAGCAGACAUUGACGAAUGCUGCACCAAUCAAACUUCAUGUGACCCUAACGCUCGAUGCAGAAAUACCAUUGGCUCUUACACAUGCACGUGUAAUGCAGGUUACCAUGGUGAUGGCAAACAAUGCACAGACAUUGACGAAUGCAGCACCAAUCCGAGGUCAUGUGAUCCCAAUGCUCGAUGCAAAAAUACCAUUGGUUCUUACACGUGCACGUGUAAUGCAGGUUACCAUGGUGAUGGCAAACGAUGUACAGAUAUCGACGAAUGUAGACUCGGCAUCAGCGGUUGUGGUUCAAAUGCCUACUGCACUAACUCCGUGGGCUCAUAUGUUUGCACAUGUCGUCAUUCAGGAUACUACUGGACCGGAAGUGGGUGCGCAGAUAUCGACGAAUGCAGACUUGGCAUCAGCGGUUGUGGUUCAAAUGCCUACUGCACUAACACCGUGGGCUCAUACGUUUGCACAUGUUAUUCAGGAUACUACUGGACCGGAAGUGGGUGCGCAGCUAAUCAGAUCAGACUGUCGCACGGAUCUUAUGGCCGUGUCGAGGUGCUCCACAAUGGUCAGUGGGGAACGGUGUGCGAUGACCAUUGGACCAUCAACGAAGGGCGUGUCGUGUGUAGAUGGCUUGGAUAUGGAUCCGUAGUCUCUGUUCAUCAGGCAGCUCAUUAUGGCCAAGGAAGUGGGCCGAUAUGGCUUGAUGAAGUCCAUUGCUCUGGCAAUGAGGCUACCCUGUUCUCAUGCCAAUUUAUCCACCGCCCGCAUAAUUGUGGUCACAGCGAGGAUGCAUCAGUUGUGUGUUCUUAGACAUGACGGAAAAACAUGACGUGACGCUCCAAAUAAGCCCAUUUCACAUCGAAUAAGGUGGAGAAUUUCUCUGAGUACUUAGUAACUUAUGAUGAUUAAGG